AUGCUGCAUUGGAAACUCGUACUUACUACAAUAAUCUUCUCAAUAUUUUUUAUUCCAUCAAAUAUAAAUGCUCAAAAUGAAAAAAAUGAACUUAUUGAAAAAUUGAUAAAGGAAGCACGUGAACUCAAUUUGAAAAUUGAUGAAUCAAACAUAGUUACACGAUCAAUUAUUGGUGAUGGUGAUGGUGAUGGUGAUGUUGCUGCUGUACCAUUAAUUACUGAUUCCAUAUUGAAUGUGACGAGUGAAGCUAUUAAAAAAGGUGAAGUUUAUACUUCAUUUCAAUGUAUGAAAACAAAAAACUUCAAUCGAUGUUAUCGUGUGCGAGUUACAGGUGUUCUCGAAACAAAAAAAGGAUUGGAUGUAUCUCUCAUAGAUAAAGAUAAUAGAGUAAUUGCAAAUUCUGAAAUGGUGCCUAGAGGAGGAAAGCAAAUUGCAUGCGGAUUGACUAUUAUAAUUGGUGGACCUGUCCGUGUCUUUGUUGAUGGCGUAUAUAUUGGAACAUAUGACAUUGUUAUCAUGUGUAUUCAUUAG